AUGCGCGCCUCCUCCUCGCUGCUGCUCGCAGCGCUUGUCGUCGUCGCCGGCUCGGCCAGCGCACAGAACAGCGACACGGCGCCCUUUGGCCCGCUCACCACCAACAACGGACAGAGCGCAUGUGUGCAGUUCGGCGACUGCACGGCCGGCGGCAACCCCGCCACAACGCAGACGUUCGCCAGCGCCAUCACCUCUCCCGCCUCUUCCCAAGCCGUAGCCGCGCCCACGAACGCGCUUCAGUCCUCGAACGCCAUCUCGCUGCUCGCAGCUUCCGGCGCAUCGGCCGCCUUCGCCUCGCGCUCGCUUGAGGACGUCAGCGUCAACCGCGGCUCUACGUCCAAGUACACUGGCACCAUUCAGGUCGCGGGCCAGGCGCCGAGCAGCGUCGCUCCGACUGGAACCAGCCGGCCUGACGCUGCGGCCGCUAGCCUCGGUGACGUCUCGCACGUCUGGAGCACCGCUCUCGCUGUCGCCGCUGCCGCCGCAGCUGGCGCUGUCUUCGUGCUCUGA